GUUGAUGUAGAUUCUGUUGAAGAUGCACGAUUGAUUGAGCUAGAUGAGUCACAAAAAAGUGAACACACAGUGUUCAUAAUGCCACCAGAACCUCCUGCUGAUGACGGACAGGACCGAGUGCCUAAAUACAGCUAUAAAAACUUCCCACGACUAGAUUUCAAGCUCUUUGACAGGCCACAGGAGCUCAAGCUCUCCUUCAGCAGACACCCAGCUGGAAGCAGCAUUUCAAAUAGUCCAGCACUCAUGGCAAAGAGGACAAAACAGGAGAUAAAAACAGCCCAUAAAUUAGCCAAGAAAUAUUACGUAAGCCCCCCACAGUGGGCUAAGUGUCUCUUCAGUCAUAGUCACAGCCUGUGGUUUAUUUGUCUGCCAGCCUACAUCAGAGUUGCACAUCCCAAGGUCAAAGCACUGCAGCAGGCAUACGAUGUUCUAAUUAAAAUGAGGAAAACUGAUGUGGAACCACUAGAUGAGGUCUGCUACAGAGUUGUAAUGCAGCUCUGUGGACUGUGGGGUCAGCCAGUUCAGGCUGUGAGAGUCCUCUUUGAAAUGAAAAAUGCUGGAAUACAGCCCAAUGCCAUCACCUAUGGUUAUUACAAUAAGGCAGUUUUAGAGUCUCCUUGGCCUAGCAGUAACCGCAGUGGCAUAUUCCUGUGGACAAAGGUACGAAAUGUAGUUCGUGGCACAGCACAAUUUAGGCAGUGCUUAAAGAAAUCAACGCAGAGCCUGCGAGUACCUGUGAUAUCAGCUCUGCGGAGUACCACGGGUGGAAGUGAUGGGGACAUGGUGAGCCAUGGUAGCGUGGAUAGUUCUAAUGAUGCUAACAGUGGGGAGCACACUCUCUUCGUCCGUGACUUAGUCAGGCUUGAUUCCAUUGAUAAUCACUCUAGCACAGGUGGUCAGUCAGACCAGGGCUAUGGAUCCAAGGAUGAACUUUUAAGAGAUGAUGGGGAUAGUCUUCAUGCAACUGAAACACAAGUAGAGAAAGAUAUUUCUUCUAAAGCGGAAGACCUAGUAGGAGAGGUUUGUAUUGAGAAAUCUGAUGAAAAACAACAGCUGAAUAUAGAAACUCACAGUCCAACAGACCCACCUGCUUGGGGUAACAGUAUCGUGAAAGUUCCAUCUGGCAUUUUUGAUAGCAGUUGGAGGAAAAACAGUGCUGAAACUGGUUCUAGCCCACUGUUCAUAACUCAGGAUUCAGUUGAAGAUGUAGUCUUUGGUGAUGUUUCUCCUAAGAAAACAAGUGAAAAAGGACAGAAGAGACAGAAACUGUUUUCGGAGAGAAGCUGCAGUUUUAGCAGUGAAAGCAGAGCAGGAAUGCUGCUGAAAAAAGGCAGCUUGGACUUGCAUUCUAAAGAAAUGGCAAUAAUGAUGGGAGCAGAUGCCAAGAUCCUAACAGCAGCUUUGUCUGGGGCCAAAACUUCACCUUGUCAUAUGAAUAAAUCCCACAGCUUCGAAAGUAUUGUUGACCAGCAGGUUCAUGGCAUAAGUGGCACUUAUGAGAGUGACUGGGGAUUGGAGCGUAGGUCUUCACCAGUGCUGGAAGAACCUGGGGAAGGGCAGGAGCAUCUUGAGAAUGGGAGAGAUGAAAACAUGACCACAGUGGAAGACAUGAACCCUGAACAGUCAGCUGAGUCCAAAAACCAGAAACCAGAAUCCAAAGAUGCAACUACUAAAAGGAAUAGUUUUUAUGGAGUUGUUAAGCCUAUUGAAAGGGAAGAUGUUGAAGUAGGCUUGGACCCUUUAUCUUUGCUGGCUACUGACAGCAUGGAACCAAGGCAUCCAGAGGAUGUUGAGGAAAAGUUGAUGUCACCAGUUGCAGCACGUAAUUUGGCAGAUGAAAUAGAGAGUUACAUGAAUCUGAAGAACCCAUUGGGUAGUAAGUUUCCCAGCAUGGAACUGCACAAACCAGAUACAAAAGCAAAAGUCUCUGGUACACUUGGUCACUCCCAUGAAAGGAGGUCAAGCCUGCCUUUGGAUCCCAUCCUGCCAUCCCCCAAGUCUUACGAAAAUCGGAGAAGUCCUUGUGUUUCCAGAUCCAAAACAUUCACUGGACGACCAAAGCAACAAACUCACCCACGAGUUCAGAAGGAGCGGUCUUCAUCUUUGACAGGACUUGGUCGUUCUUCUCCACAUGGCUCAUUAGGAUCCGUCGUAACAACUUUAUCCAAUCUGAAGUUAGACAAUAUACUGUCUGGACCAAAAAUGGAUGUUCUGAAAUCAGGCAUGAAGCAGGCUGCCAGUGUGGCCAGUAAGAUGUGGGGAGUUGUAACUUCAGCAUAUAGUUACUCAGACGAUGAGGAAGAAACCAAUCGACCAGACUUUAACUUCCCUGCUGGUUUUGAAGAUAAUAUUUUAGGAGAUAAUCUAUCAUCAAGAACUGGAGUCCCAGGGCUAAUUACGAAUGAGCUUGCACAAAGCACUACUAGUCUUGGCAGCAGCAAUAGCAGUGGAGAAGCAGGAAGACAGCAUUACAGUGCAGGUGAAGUUUCAUUCCCAAGAAGUACAAAAGUUCUAGAGUCUGAGAAGUCAGAGCACAGCUCUUCACAUAAUACUAGUUUAUCCAGCAUUUUCCAGAACUAUGCGAUGGAGGUAUUGAUGUCAAGCUGCUCUCAAUGUAGAGUUUGUGGUGCUUUGGUUUAUGAUGAAGAAAUUAUGGCUGGAUGGACAGCAGAUGAUUCAAACUUGAACACUACCUGUCCUUUCUGUACAAGUACCUUCCUACCUUUACUUAAUGUUGAAUUUAAAGACCUACGUGGCUCUGCAAG